AGUUGAUUUUUGUAAACAAACACACACCAAACAACAUCCCGCAAGUGCGCACCGUACCGAUGGAAACUCCCGUGUUUAAAUUCGAACCACAAGAUUACGACACGGUUUACGAACCUUCCGAAGAUUCGUUUCUCCUUCUUGACGCGCUGGAAGAUGAGCUUGAGUCGAUAAAAGCUCGCCAACCUUUACUGUGCGUAGAAAUCGGACCGGGCAGUGGUGUGCUUAUAGUCGCGCUCGAAAAACAUCUUCCCUCCGGACGAAGCCACUUUAUUGGAUUCGAUAUCAAUCCGAACGCAUGCCAGAUGACACAAAAAACUUGCCAACUGAAUGGCACUGCGUCGGUGGAUGUAGUGAAUAUGGAUUUACUAGCGGGGUUACGGACGGCGUGUGUGGAUCUGCUCGUGUUUAAUCCACCGUACGUUCCCACGCAACCGGCGGCCGAUUCGCUGGAAGAACAUAUCGGCGAGUUUCACCUAUCGGGCGAGGAUCAGAAUCUGGUGCACGCGUGGGCUGGUGGCGCUGAUGGUAGAAUCGUAACCGAUCGUGUGUUGGAUGAUUUGGAUCGGAUACUAUCGCCACGAGGAGUGUUUUAUCUGUUACUGCUUAAGGAGAACAAACCGGAGGAAGUUUUGAAGCAAAUGGAACGCAGAAACUUCCGGGGCGGUAUUAUCAAGGAGCGACGGAUACGCGGCGAACAUCUGUACGUAUUGCGGAUAGAACGGACCGGGGGAAAUUGAACUGACAAGCGGACGAAUAAAUCCCCCUAACAAGAGAAGACAAUCUCUAAGGAACGUUACAGAAUUUUCAACGAUGCAAUUGAGAAGUCCAUCGGAAUAUUGAUUUGUCCAGCCAUAUUAUUGAUUUAUUCAUUGAGAUGCUGCUGUUUUAGCAGUAUUGUAUACCUAUACAAAUCAACAUUCCGAUGGACUUCUCAAUUUUAUCGUUGAAAAUCCUGUUUAACGCACUACAAAAAUUUCCGAGAAGGGCGUGGACCGUAUCAGCAAGCCGAACCGGUUUCCAGCUAUAUUUAGGAACAUGUUCUGGAAAGUAAUAUAACAGUCUUACCAGUCAUAGUAAAGUUAAUACGGCAGUCAUACCCAAGACGAGUUGGAUAGCAAUCAAUAAGGACCAAACUUGGAACAAUGUUGUAAAUAAUAGAAGAAUCCGAUUUUUUAACCGUCCUUAGUAGAUACAGCCAAAAAAUUAAGUUAAACAUUACGGCAAAAAUACCAAAAUUACCUACAGCACCUCCACCACUAACACAGUGAUCGUGGAGUUUGCCUAGCAACGGGGAAAAACUAAAAUAAAAAAGAAACAACCCACUGUAAACUUGA